AUGGGUUCUUUCUUUCCUUCCACUCUUUCCACCUCCUCUUUUUUCUUCCCCUCCUUGCCAAACACAUCCCAAAUUUCCAUAAACAAAAUGAGAAACCAUUCCUAUGUUGGCAGAGUAAGUUCAUGCAAAACUACAAAUGAUAAUGAUCACCAAAACCCUACCACAAGGAGAGAUGUUCUCAUUGGUCUAGGAGGAUUCUGUGGUGCAACCACUCUUGCCGAUCACCCUUUUGCCUUUGCUAAGCCAAUCUCAGCCCCAGACAUAACCAAAUGCGGCGAAGCAGAUUUCCCCGCCGGUGCCAAACCCACCAACUGCUGCCCUCCACAAUCCACGAAGAUAUUAGAUUUCAAGCUUCCUUCUUCAAACUCCCCACUGCGCAUUAGACCCGCAGCUCAUUUGGUUGAUGAGUCUUACGUAGCCAAAUAUUCCAAAGCCGUUGAGCUUAUGAAAGCUCUCCCUGAUGAUGAUCCUCGUAGCUUUAAGCAACAAGCCGAUGUGCACUGUGCUUAUUGUGAUGGUGCUUAUCACCAAGUAGGAUUUCCAGAUUUAGAGCUUCAAAUUCACAACUCAUGGCUUUUCUUUCCUUUUCAUAGAUACUAUCUUUAUUUCCAUGAAAGAAUCUUGGGAAAAUUGAUUGAUGAUCCCACUUUUGCUUUGCCUUAUUGGAACUGGGAUUCCCCUGAAGGAAUGCAAUUACCAGCUCUAUAUGCUAACCCUAAAUCACCACUCUAUGAUCACUACAGAAACAAGAAUCACCAGCCACCAACACUUGUUGAUCUUGAUUACAAUAGAACCGAAAACCCCACGUCAAAUCAAGCUCAAAUCUCUAGCAAUCUUACCAUAAUGUACAGGCAAAUGAUUUCUAAUGGCAAGACUGCUAAGCUCUUCAUGGGAAGUUCCUACCGUGCCGGCGAUGAACCAGACCCUGGAGCCGGUUCCAUUGAGAAUAUUCCACAUGGUCCAGUGCAUAUCUGGACCGGAGACAACACUCAACCAAAUCUUGAAAACAUGGGAAAUUUCUAUUCAGCCGGAAGAGAUCCAAUAUUUUUCGCUCAUCACUCUAACGUUGAUCGAAUGUGGACGAUAUGGAAGACAUUAGGAGGCAAAAAGAGAACUGAGUUCACUGAUCCUGAUUGGCUUGAUGCAUCGUUCCUAUUCUACGACGAGAAUGCGAAUCUUGUUCGUGUUAAGAUUAGGGACUGUAUGGACAAUAAAAAACUGGGAUAUGUUUAUCAAGAAGUUGAUAUUCCUUGGCUGAAAUCGAAGCCAACAACGAGAAGGUCAAUGGAGAAAGUGGCCACCGUUUCUCAUCACCAUGGGCAGGUAGCACAAGCAGCUGAAACAAAAAAUUUAUCACCCAUAAGUUCAUUCCCUUUGAUCUUGGAUAAAGUGAUAAGCACAGUGGUUAAGAGGCCAAAGAAAUCAAGAAGCAAGGAAGACAAAGAAGAGGAAGAGGAAAUUUUAGUGGUAGAUGGGAUAGAGCUUGAGAGAGAUGCAGCGGUGAAAUUUGAUGUUUAUGUUAAUGAUGAGGACGACUCGCCGAGUGGGCCUGAGAAUUCUGAGUUUGCAGGAAGCUUUGUGAAUGUACCUCAUGCACAUAAACAUGGCAAGAAAAUGAAGACGUGUUUGAGAUUAGGAAUUACAGAUUUGUUAGAGGAUUUGGGUGCUGAAGAUGAUGAUAGUGUAGUUGUGACUUUGGUGCCUAAGUGUGGCAAUGGUCUUGUUAAAAUUGGCGGCAUCAAGAUUGACUUUACUCAAGACUAAUAUCUUCAUGAGCAAAAUACACUAUUUUUGUUUUU